AUCACUAUAUUAUGUUCUCUCCACCCCCUUUUCCCUUCCCAUCUCCUUCCUCCUCAUUCAAGUCCCAUCCUGUCCUUAGUCUCAAGGUUCUCUCACCUUCCUCAUCUACUACUCAAUUCCCAUAAUUCAAAACCAUCUCGGAUUUAUCUCGGUUUUCCCUUAUAUUGCUUUUUUGUAGACUUGUUUUUUUUUUUUUUUUGGUGCAGAGAGAGGAGGAUUACAGAUGGCAGGCUGCAAUGGAGAGCAUAUGGCUUCCCAAGAGAAGAGGUAUCACUGGAGAAAAAAUAUGGGGGAAUUGUGCCUAAAAAGAAACCCUUGAUAUCAAAGGACCAUGAGAGAGCCUACUUUGAUUCUGCUGACUGGGCACUUGGUAAGCAAGGAGUCAACCUGAAAACAGGAACUGCCAUUGAAUCGCUGAAGCCCAAAUUAAAGCGAACACCUCAUCAUCGACUUCCCCCUCGAAACCCUAAGUGCACCUCUUCAGAGGAGAACAUAGCUAAGUAGGUCCAUUUAAGAUUGAAGAGACUGCCGGUGUGUACAACUCUACAGAAGUCUAUUCAAACGAGAAGGCAUGCACUUUGUUCAAAUGAGAAGGCAUGGACUUAGUGCUAGGUUUGAUGUAUAUAUUUAGUCAUUUAGAUCAUGGACUACUUGGUUGCUGCAGUCCUUGGGCUGAUUCUAAACAGUUGACCUUAUUCAAAAGAAAUCCUGCAUUUCAGUAAAGCUAGUUUCUUUUAUUAUUU